AUGACGACAGCUCACAGGCCUACAUUUGAUCCGGCCCGCGGCAAGGAAGCCCUUCGCGGGCCGGCAUACCACCAGCGGCUGCUGCCCGCGUAUACGAAGCUCAAGUUCAGGCAACCCGGCCAGGGUGGCGAAGCCGACCGCACAACACGCGACCUGCGCGCCGAGCUCGAGGCCGCCGAGGCAGCGCAUUACGCCAAGCUGAAGGGCGCGCCCGUCCCCGGCGCGUCGGACGACAGCAAGGCCGACACCAGCACCAGCACCAACAACAAGCGCCCGCUCCCGUUGACCUCCCGCGGCGACGGCGGCGGAGGCGGCGGUGGCGACGGUACAGAACCAGGCGAGGGCGAAGAGGACCCGGAAGCCAAGCGGCGGCGGAUCCUGGCGGAGACGCGGGAUAUCGACGCGGACGACGAGAGCGGCUCCGACGGGUCGUCGGACGACGACGACGACGACGACGACGACGAGAGCAGCGACGACGAGGACGCCGAGCUGCAGCGGGAGCUGGAGCGGGUGCGGCGCGAGCGGCUGCAGAAGCGCGAGGCCGAGGAGCGGGCGCGGCGGGCGGCCGAGCAGGAGGCGCGCGAGCGCGAGAUCGCCACGGGCAACCCGCUCCUCAACGUCCACAAGGCGUCCGACUUCACCAUCAAGCGGCGGUGGGACGACGACGUCGUGUUCAAGAACCAGGCGAGGGGGACCGAGGAGAAGGGCAAGAAGACCGAGUUCAUCAAUGACCUGCUGCGCUCGGAUUUCCACAGGAGGUUCAUGAACAAGUACGUGAAGUGA